UGCGAUUCCCAUAGAUUUGAUUAAAAACCAAAAAAAAAACCGAGAACAACUCAAAUAUUAAAAACAAAUUCAAGUAAAUUCAAGAUAAUAAAAGCCUACAACAACCAAAAUAUAUUCUUCAACAAAAAUAACAAAUUAUGCGUCGAAAUAAUGUAAAAUUAAGAGAAAGGAUGGCCUUAAACGGAUUUCUUGAGUUUUUUCAAAAAGGAAAGACAUUCAGACCAAAAAAACGCUUCUCAACCGGCACAAUUCGGUAUUCUCUGCAUAAACAAGCCCAAGCAAGUCUUCAGUCUGGAAUAAAUUUGCGGCAGGUGGUUCGUUUGCCGGAAGGGGAAAACAUGAACGAUUGGUUAGCUGUUCAUGUUGUGGACUUUUUUAAUCGAAUAAAUUUAAUUUAUGGCACUGUAUCUGAGUACUGCAGUGAAACAACUUGUCCAGUAAUGUCUGGUGGUUCACGAUAUGAAUAUCUAUGGGCAGAUGGUGAAAAUUUCAAAAAACCAACACAUCUACCAGCUCCACGUUAUGUCGAAUUACUCAUGGAUUGGAUAGAAUCGCAAAUAAAUAACGAAACUGUAUUUCCUGUAUCGACGGAUGUGCCUUUUCCGAAAACUUUUGUCACGUUGUGUAGAAAAAUUUUAACCCGAUUGUUUCGUGUGUUUGUGCACGUGUACAUCCAUCAUUUUGAUCGAAUUGUCAGCAUUGGAGCGGAAGCUCAUGUGAAUACCUGCUACAAGCAUUUUUAUUAUUUUGUUCAAGAAUUUGAUUUAAUUUCAAGCAAAGAGUUAGAACCAUUAAACGAAAUGACUUCGAAAAUAUGUAAAGAUUCAUAAUAUUAAUAAUUUUUUGUAUUGUUUGUUUCUUUCUUUUGGUUGUCUUAUUUAAUACAUUUCAACCGAAAACAAACUCAAAUAAACGAGUUUGUCUUAGAUUAUGAUACUAUGUAAUUAAUGUGUGUAGUCUUUUGUAUGGUUCCUUUGUCUAAACUAGCAGAGAUAUGGUAUCACAGAAAUAGAAUAUUAAUAAUAUAUAUAUAAAAUAUGUAGUUUAAGGCGAAUUUAUAAAAUUAUUCUAAGUCGAGCAUUUCUCGAUGUUGAACUUACACGAACGAAAACAAACAACAAAAAUUUAUAUAUAUUUAAGAUUUGUAAAAUUGUAUUUAUCAAAUGAGAAUAAUAAUUGUGUAAGAAUUAUAUGCUUUCCAGCAAUCUCAAUUUAUGUGGUGUCUUCUUGAAUAUAAUAAAACCCAAACAAAUUGUUUCGGUUAUGCGAGUAUACUGUGUAUAUAAUAAAUA